AAAUUCUCAUUAUUCUAUUAUUCUUGAGAUGACCCGAGUGAGGUCAGAAUUCCAAAAGUUCGAUGAUAGGAGAACCGUGAAAGAUAGAAUCGUUAAGUAUAAAAGUGAGCCCUGUCAUUAUUCCAAAAUUCUAGAAUUCUCAUAAAAUUCUAGAAUAAUAAUAUUUAUAAUCAACUUUUAUACUUAACGAUUCUAUCUUUCACGGUUCUCGUAUCAUCGAACUUUUGGAAUUCUGACCUCACUCGGGUCAUCUCAAGAAUAAUAGGAUAAUGAGAAUUUUAGAAUUAUUGGAACAAAUCAGAACAAUAAAAUUAUUCGAAUAAUGAGAAUCCUCGAAUUAUUAGAAUAAUCAGAAUAAUCAGAACAAUAGAAUUAUUAGAAUAAUCAGAAUUAUUGGAAUUUUAGAAUAAUCAGAAUUAUUGGAAUAAUCAGAACAAUAGAAUUAUUCGAAUAAUGAGAACAAUAGAAUUAUUAGAAUAAUCAGGAUUAUUGGAAUUUUAGAAUAAUCAGAAUUAUUGGAAUUUUAGAAUUAUCAAAAUUUAAGAGUAGUACCUACACCCACACCCUAUUUCCUCAAGGAUCUACUGGCCAUAUUCAACCGCAAGAUCUAUCAUUAUUUCGUUCGUGGCGAAUUAUUCAUCAGAAAAUUGAACAUUAUGAGCAAAAUAACCGAACAGAAAUGAACUUGAACGAUCGUGAAUAUUUUAUUAAUAUGCACUCUAUCAUUCAUAAUCAAUUAUCGGCUCCAGAAUUCAAAAAUCUCAUCAAGUCUGGAUUCGUGGAAGCUAAAACACUCAACGAAACAGUUGGUGAAGUCAAGAAACCAAAAGGUGUCAGUUUUAAAUUUUAUGAUUUCUAUUGUUCAGUUACUCGUUGUGAAGAACGAACUCUUCUAACUUGUGCCUGGUGCAAACGACAUCUUUGUUAUUUUCACUUGAUUGAGGAUCUUCAUCUUCAUUUAUAG